CACCAGCACUACACUCAAAGAAUGCGGAAUACUCCAUUGGACACCUGUUUCAACAAUCAUUGGGCCUCGAAGGCCUCGUCCGAUCUUGCUGAACCAGUGAAACAUGGGCCUGUACUCACGGAGGUUGAACUGCCACGUCAGCAGUUUUGAUCUGACGCUGAGCCGUUCGGCCUCAUGUCUGAUUGUCCUUCUCUUGGUCUUGCGCAUCUCGACCCAUUUCCCUUAAUGGCAUUCAGCCUCGGUUUUCUUGAAAGACGUGAAGCGUUUGACACUGUUUCAGCAAGUCGAGACAACCAAUCUUUGCCAAAAGGCGUCGACCGAAGACCAACCGGAAUACCUUGCCUCUCAACUUGUGUCCCUCCUCGCAUCGAGCAUGUCUAACACUGGGGACUAUAACGUUGGCUGGAUCUGCGCUAUAACUACGGAAUACGUUGCCGCACAGGCGUUUCUCGACAAGAGGCACGACGGACCCGAAUACGUCUCUCCCCGCGAUAACAACGAUUACACUAUGGGAAAGAUUGGGAAACACAAUGUUGUUAUCGCUGUCUUGCCCGACGGCGAAUACGGCAUAGCCUCGGCCGCAAACGUUGCGAGUGAUAUGCUGCACAGCUUCCCUAACGUCAGGAUUGGUUUAAUGGUGGGCAUUGGUGGUGGCGCGCCCAGUCAAAAGCAUGAUAUCCGUCUGGGAGACAUUGUUGUCAGCGCUCCUCGCGAUGGGAACGGCGGUGUGUUCCAGUACGACUUUGGCAAGACGAUACAAGACAAGAGCUUUCAGACGACCGGUUCAUGUACCAGCCACCAACGGUACUGCGGACGGCGGUGAAUGGACUCAAGGCACAGCAUGAGGCUAGGCUUGAUCCCGGGAACAGGGUCCGGAAUAUCCCUACUCACGACCCGGUCAUUGAGAUAAAGCGCAAGGGAAUUUUUGGGGAUCCGGAGGAAUCAAUGGACAGAAUAAAAUGGCAGAAAGCUAUGCUGGACCUGGCAGUUGGCAUUGCAAAAAGGUUUGUUGCCGAGCUUGAACCUUCAACGUCGACAUACUCGGACGAAGGCAAGAAUGCAAAGUCGCUUGUGCUCGAUGAUCUUUCCGGUGACAAGGCUCUGUCCAUGAAACUUGCCGACUUCGGCGUUGUCGCCCAUGAGGUCGGUACUUUGCGUAUGCAGACCAAAGAGAAUCAAGAUCACAAGGGCGACAGAGCUUGGGUCGUCGACCGGAACCUCAACUUUAGAGGCAUCAACAAUCUCUUCGUCUGUGAUCUAUCCGUGUUCCCCGUCAGUCCAGCGGCCAAUCCCACACCAACACUGGCUGCGCUUGCGCUUCGGCUGGCAGACCACCUCAUCAACCCUGAUGGAAGAGAGAGUAAAGCUCCAAACGAUAGAAAGCAGACGAAGCGGUAUUCGAAGCUCUGAAGGGCUAUCAAAGGACCUAAGUGAAACGUUCCAAUAUUCAUCUUGAUUUCCUGAUGCUCACACUUGCCACACGGAGCGAUCGGGGAACGAGUGGAGGAACAGUCCACAACGUACAUUCGGACGCGGCUACAGCAAAGGAUACUUGACGCGAGAUGGGCCACAGCCUGUCAUACCCGAGCGCCUGUGGUGAGAUCAAAGAAAGGGCUGUAAGUAGUCAAACGAGAAGCCGCUUAGGAUAUCGAGAUCUCGAUAUUAUGGCUACUCCAAACGAAACCAAACACCAACCAAGCCCGGAGAGAGAUUGGAGAUGAAGGGAAUUCAUCUGGAACCGCUUCUUCUGUACUCCUCGCUUCAUGUGAGAGAAUGUUUCUAGCUGUAUUGGCUACGGACCGGGAGACCUUGAUAUCACAUCGCCUCGUUCCUUGAAAAUGCAUCUUGUGGGCACUAGUCUUGCUUGAUGCUGAUUCUGUGGAUGAUUUGUAAUACGGUUGCGCCAGAAAGCCCAGUUGAAGGCGUCAUCACAAAGCUCGCAAUCCAAAAAGGCAGCGGAAGAACCUGCGUAGAUCCCGAUUCAGUUCCACUGUCCUGUGGCCGAAUCGUCACGUACUAUUUAUCACUUGGACAGAGUUUUGGCAUGCGCAUAGCGCUGCGUCACUCGCUGCGCCAGCACAUGCUCGGAUAUGUGUCUCUGACUCUCCUCGCUGCAAGACAGAGGUUCGAUUCGAGGAAGCGAGGAAACAAUUCCUGCGAGGAAACAAUUCCUGCGAGGCCUACGUUGAUAAUCGCAGCUAUCGACACGGGUUCUGUCCUGCAGCAAGAUCCUCGGUAAGAGUGUAACAUGGCACGUCACAAGCAAUAGGUCAAACUUCCAGUCUUCCCUGUCUUCCUUUCUGCCCGGUUGUGCCUAAUCCAAUUUUAGAUUCCACGUGUAGCAGCACAACGAUGUGGCAAGCAACCUCGUAUGUCCUCUAUACAAAGGCUGCACGUAAAUCAGGAAAGAGACCUCCUCAAGUCGGUGGCGGUAAGUGUCGAUUUCGGGCACGGGUACCUAAGUUAACAAACUACGCAUCAAAAGGCCUCAUCGAUAUAGGCCAGGUACUGUUGCCCUCUGAGAGAUCCGACAUUACCAGCGCUCAACAGAUCUGCUUAUACGCAAAUUGCAUUUCCAGCGGCUU